AUGGCGAGAGUCGCCCACACAAGAAAGUUAGCCAGAGACAGUUGGACUAUUAGCGUGGGUGGGGUUAAUGAUGGAGAGUGGGAUGGUGAGGGUCCACCAGACACUGGUUUUAUAGAUGGUGGGCCCCAGCAAGAGAGAGAAGGGAGCAACGCACCCGCGGGGCAAAGACCCAUUUAUUGUCAUGAUUGCUGCUCAUCUUACGUUAUCAUAGCUCGAGGAGCCCUAGCCACGCCUCGAUCAUGCAAAACUGCCAUACGCCAGUCUCCUGAAAGUCUGAACCUAAUGAUAAACACUUUGAAGACAUUUUUUCCUUCAGUCAAAAACAUCUCAGACCCGUAA